AUCGCGGCUCGCGUCUGGCUGAUUUGCAACCGGCUGAAGCAACAGCAGAGAAGAAGAGAAAAUGUCGCUGCCUCGCAGUCGGACCGUUCCAGGAUCAGCGGUGUUUCAGUGAAAAAAUAAACACGUCAAUUCGGUUAAAUCCUGACCUGUGUUGUCGUGUAACUCCUUUAAUAAUGUGGAAAGUCUUCCAGGACGUCUAGAUAAGUCUGAAUAAGUGGUUCCAUCCUUCUAAUCUGCUUCUGUUUGAAAGAAGACCUUUUUUUUUUUUUUUUGUAGAAGUAUGGAUCCUCCUCCCAGGGUGGUGGGUCUGGCUCCCCAAGCAAACAUGGUUUUCACUGUUGUAAAGCCGGUAAUGAGCAUCUUCCAGGUGUCUCCAGAGCACGGCAGCAGCUUAUCACAAGGCGAGAUGGGGAUGCAGGGUUUACUAGAACAUCCACUAGUCCUGCCGCAGCAGGCGCAGCGUGAGGCCCAGUUAGCCCAGAACCACAUGGAGAUGCACAGCACGCCGCCUCAGAUGGAGGUUUCUGCUCCGCUCCAGGGGGAGGGAGACGCCCACCACCAGGAGGCGCUGACUAACUCCAGCUCUAGCUCUGAUUCUAUCACCAAGAUGCCGUUUGCAGAGGUGUCUUCCCUCCUGGAUCCCAACAUGAAAGGAUCUAAGGCCCGGAAAUAUCUCAUCUCUUACGAUGAAAUCAAAAGGCGGCUGCAGGCCCCAGAGAACAUGUCCCUGCGCUCUCUGGCGGCGUACACCCGGGUCAGCAGAGGUCCGGCCAGCAAGAAAACCCUUCUGGAGUCGCUGAAUGUCCUCGGCCUGACGCCGAGCACGACUACGGCGGUAUCCUCCUCAUUCUCCAAACUCACUGAAGGUGACACCAGAGCUCUGUGUGAAGAUAUGAAAGAUUUUUCCCACGAUUACAUCGAUUACAGCAACAUGGCCAAACAACUCCUCCCUGAGACCAAUACGGUUCAACACUGGUCCAAAAUUAUUGAAACCAAGAAUCAUCUGGAGGACAUGAGGAAAAGUUUCAAGGACCCAGCAAACAGCGGCGCGUUCGAUAACGUCACCCACGGCCUCGGCCUCGGAAUGCUGGACGUUGCGCUGGACAUGAUCAUAACGGUAAUCGAUCAGCAGAUUCGCAUUUUGUCCGGCGCAGCGGCUUCAGACCCUGGCGACUCCGCUAUGCCUUCGUCCCGUCGCAUACGGAGGCGCCAACGCAAACUACGGUCAUCCGACAGCGAGAGGUCUCACAGGAUCUGUGGAGGCGUGAAGGAGACGGGGAGGAUCCUUUUAAAAAGCAAGGGGCGAGCCAGAGACGGGAAGAAGACGAGGACGGAGUCGGGAACCUCGGAAGGCGUGGAGUCCCAGGCGGGGCAGAGCAAGGCGGACGACGGGCGGAGCGAUGUCCUCACCUUGGUGUCUGUGGGUUAUGAGGCCGUCUCUAGUGGUUUGAAUCCAGCCGGAGCCGUUUGACACCGGAUCGAAUCAAAGGACUCGGACUGAUACUGCAGGACAAAACACCAGCUAGACGGGAAAUAAAGUCACCAUGACUCUACCGCAUCUCUGACUUUUUUCUGUCACCUGAACCCGUUUUAGUUAAAUAAAAUAUUAAGUCUGUUAGA